AUGCACGCAUCAGGCUUGGUCGCUCGAAGCGCCGCUCGCUCGGCAAGGAGCCUCAACAAUGUUGCCAAGGUCGCCUGCGCCACCCCAUCGCAGGCUCGUGGCCUUGCUACCGUCACCGACACUCCCGUUCGCUCGCACGGCGGUCUGCGUGACCAGGACCGCAUCUUCCAGAACGCCUACAUGCGCCACGAUCACGGACUUAAGGGUGCCAAGGCACGAGGUGACUGGCACCGCACCAAGGACAUUCUGCUCAAGGGUCACGACUGGAUCAUCUCGCAGAUGAAGGAGUCCGGCAUGCGUGGUCGCGGUGGUGCCGGUUUCCCAUCGGGUCUCAAGUGGAGUUUCAUGAACAAGCCUGGUUGGGAGAAGGACCCUCGUCCCCGCUACCUCGUCAUCAAUGCCGACGAGGGUGAGCCCGGUACCUGCAAGGACCGUGAGAUCAUGCGCGGCGACCCUCACAAGCUCAUCGAGGGCUGUCUCGUCGCCGGUCGCGCCAUGAACGCCAACGCCGCCUACAUCUACGUUCGAGGAGAGUUCUACCUCGAAGUCGCCCACCUUCAGCACGCCAUUAAGGAGGCCUACGCCGACGGUCUCAUCGGCAAGAACGCCUGCGGUUCCGGUUACGACUUCGACGUCUACGUACACAAGGGUGCCGGCGCCUACAUUUGCGGUGAAGAGACCGCACUCAUCGAAUCGCUCGAGGGCAAGCAGGGCAAGCCUCGUUUGAAGCCUCCCUUCCCCGCCGACGUCGGUGUGUUUGGUUGCCCCACCACCGUCGCCAAUGUCGAGACGGUCGCUGCUGCACCCACCAUCAUCCGACGUGGUCCCUCGUGGUUCGCCGGCUUCGGUCGUGACAAGAACCAGGGAACCAAGCUGUUCGCCAUCUCGGGACACGUCAACAACCCCUGUGUCGUGGAGGAGGAGAUGUCGAUCCCACUUCAGGAGCUCAUCGAGCGUCACUGCGGUGGUGUCCGUGGUGGAUGGGACAACCUGCUCGGUAUCGUCCCCGGUGGAUCGUCGGUACCCAUCCUGCCCAAGCACAAGUGCGAGCAAGUCCUCAUGGACUUCGACUCGCUCCGCGAGAACCAGUCCUCGCUCGGCACCGGUGCGGUCAUCGUCAUGGACAAGACCACCGACGUCGUCCAAGCCAUCUCUCGUUUCGCCAAGUUCUACAAGCACGAGUCGUGCGGUCAAUGCACGCCCUGUCGCGAGGGCACCACCUGGCUCGCCAACAUGAUGGAGCGCUUCGAGGAGGGUCGUGGCAACAACCGUGAGAUCGACAUGAUCUACGAGUUGACAAAGCAGAUGGAGGGCCACACCAUCUGUGCGCUCGCGGACGCCGCCGCUUGGCCCAUCCAGGGUCUGCUGCGUUGGUUCCGACCCGAGAUCGAGGAGAGGAUGAGGUUGUACCAGGAGAAGAACGGUCCCGUGCUGGUCGGUGGAAGGAGGUUGAAGGAUAUGGAUCCGGAUUACGCUUUCCCAGCCAACAUGGGUACCCCGGUCUCGCCAAAGGCUCUCACUCAGUAA